AUGGGCGUAGGCACCACAGCUUGGGGUGACCCCGGUGUACCCCUCGCCGUGACUGGGGCUUCCCCAGAGGCUGCCUCGGUGGUGGGCACAAGGCUGCGGUUACGUGAAACUGAAAAGGUUACAUUAUACAAAAAGUACUUUAAGUUCGAAUGCCCUGCAGCCUCCUGUAGAAUUAAGCUGCUCUCCCUUGGCUCAAGCAUAGACCUAGACAGAGUGCAGAUGAUAAUGGAAUCCAUGGGGUCUAAGUUGUCUCCAGGGGCUCAGCAGCUCAUGGACAUGGUCCGGUGUCAGCAGAAAAACAGUUUAUCUCUUGGAGACAAACUUAAUUGGAUCUUUGGGAAAAACUCGGAGCUUGGAGGCAAGCAGGCAAUAGAUGGAUUGCACAGUGCAGCUAUUCACACCUCACUGGAUCAGUCAACCAGUGAACCUCUGCCUCUUAAAAAUCAUUUAACAACUGAAGCAGUGUAUGAAGACUUAAAAAUAAGUCAUGAUCUGAACAAACAGAUACCUGAAAGAGGGAAUACUUCUGAUUCUGAAAGACUUCCUACCCAGGAAAAUACAGUUGACCUCAGAAAUGAUUUUAAAGUCCUGGGAUCUUUGCAUAUGCAGCAAAAAGUGAGCAAAACCCCAAAUGUGGCUAAUCCACAGGUGCUGCUUCCUUUUCUGCAGAACUUGUGUAGUCAGGUCACUCAUCUUCGGCUAAAAGAAGGUGAUAGGCAUUUUGGUAACAGUGCAGUGACUAAAGAGGAAGGCAUUCAGUGUGUUGG